AUGGAAGCUUUAUCAAAGAAAAGGGAGAGUUGUGAGAAGAACAGAGCUGGGUUCAAGUCUUCAGCUGGGACUGAGUCAAUGACCGAUUCCAGUGCCGAGUCGAGGGAGAGCAGCUCGAGUAGAUCGAGCUAUGAGACUUCAAGUGAGGAAGUGAAGAGAAAAGGACCCAACUUGUUGGGCUGGCCUAUAAGGAAAGCUGAAUUGUGCAAAACCUCAGCUGAUUUGGGUGCAGCUGAAGAGAAAGAAAAUGUUGAUGAUUUGAAGUAUAAGGAUUUGGCUGCCAAAAUUGCAGAGAUGGAUAUGAUGAAAGAGAGAUUUUCAAAAUUGUUGCUUGGUGAAGACAUGUCAGGGUCUGGUAAAGGGGUCUGCACAGCCAUGGCUAUUUCAAAUGCCAUCACCAAUCUUUGUGCUACAAUUUUUGGGCAACUGUGGAGGUUGGAACCCUUGCCUUCUGAAAAGAAAUCGAUGUGGAAAAGAGAGAUGGAAUGGCUAAUUUGCGUUAGUGAUCAUAUUGUGGAAUUGAUACCCUCUUGGCAAACAUUUCCUGAUGGAAAAAAGCUAGAGGUCAUGACUUGCAGGCCCAGAUCAGAUAUCUUCAUGAAUCUGCCAGCACUACGCAAGCUUGACAAUAUGCUUCUUGAUAUACUAGAGAGUUUUGCCAAUACAGAGUUCUGGUAUGUUGAUCAAGGAGUUAUAGCCCCAGAAGGAGAUGGCUCAGCCUCUUUUCGCAAAACAGUCCAGCGGCAAGAGGAGAAGUGGUGGCUACCUGUACCACGUGUAGCAUCUGAUGGUCUCAGUGAAAGUACAAGAAAGCAGUUGCAUCACACAAGGGAAUGCACAAAUCAGAUACUUAAAGCUGCAAUGGCUAUCAAUAACCUUGCUUUAGCAGAUAUGGAAGUUCCAGAAUCAUACUUGGAAACUCUUCCUAAGAAUGGGAGGGCCUGCCUUGGGGACAUAAUCUACCGAUAUAUUACCUCAGAUAAGUUCUCACCAGAGUUUCUGCUUGAUUGCCUUGAUCUGUCCAGUGAACAUGUUGCUCUUGAGAUUGCAAACCGUGUUGAAGCCUCAAUAUUUGUUUGGCGUCGAAGAGGUCACGGUCACUCAAAACCACAAACUGUUCCAAACCGCUCCACUACAAAGUCAUCAUGGGAAAUGGUCAAGGACUUAGUGAUCGAUGUGGAUAAGAGAGCAUUGCUGGCAGAAAGAGCUGAAAGCCUCCUGCUUUCUUUAAAGCAGCGUUUUCCUUGUCUUACACAAACUAUCUUGGACACCAGCAAAAUUCAGUACAACAAGGAUGUUGGAAAAUCCAUUCUUGAAAGCUAUUCAAGAGUUCUGGAGAGCCUUGCAUUCAACAUUGUGGCUCGCAUUGAUGACUUGCUGUAUGUGGACGACUUGGCUAAACAGACUGAUAGAAUAUCAUCAGUUACAGCAGUCAGUGUGAUUUCUCGAAAGAAGGUUCCAGUCACAUAUUCAGUGCCUCACUCGAGCACUCCUUUCAAAAGAUCUUCUGCCAAUCCUAACUUAUCCCCUGCACCCUUAAUCAGCCCUGCAAGGGGAGAGAGAACUCCUUUUCUCCGCAGCAACAACACCAACAAUGUUGACAAGCCUCCUCGUCGCGGCUUUGGAGUGAGAAGAGUCUUGACAAAUUAUCUUGGUGUCGAGACAAAGCCAAGGAUAUGUAGCAACACCGUUGAAGGGUCUGUUUCCAUACCAAACAUACAUGGCACAGAAACUUUGGAUCGUCAGAAGGACUCUUCCCACCAAAAUGGGAUCAAAUCACGUUGAGGUUUUGCCUCCUAAACCAGUCCUAGAAGUUUCUGAGGCACAGAAUUCGAAAGAAAUGAUAGAACUAGAGAAGCAAAGGAAGUUCAAGGUAGCAAACCUCUACUACUACCCUCUUGGUGUAACUAAGUACUUAUGAUUUGUGUGUUAGAGGGGGGAAUUUAAUCUGUUUGUUAAGUCCCUGCUUUACAU